UGUGGGAGGAGCGCGGCCGGCCUCAGUCACGUGGGGCUGAUUAGCUGCAGACGCUGGUCUCUCGGCUCCGGUAACAAAGCUCCGGUAACAUGGCUCUCCACAUCCCCAAAGCGCCGGGCUUCGCCCAGAUGCUAAAAGAUGGGGCGAAGCACUAUUCUGGCAUGGAAGAAGCGAUUUUCAGGAACAUUCAAGCUUGCAAGGAGUUGGCUCAGACCACCUGUACAGCUUAUGGUCCAAACGGGAUGAACAAAAUGGUCAUCAAUCAUGUGGAUAAACUUUUUGUGACCAAUGAUGCAGCUACCAUUCUACGAGAACUGGAGGUUCAGCAUCCUGCAGCUAAGAUGUUGGUGAUGGCUUCCCACAUGCAGGAGCAGGAAGUUGGAGAUGGUACAAAUUUUGUGCUGAUUUUUGCUGGUGCUCUUCUUCAUCUUGCCGAAGAGCUUUUGCGAAUGGGUCUUUCAGUCUCUGAGGUAAUCGAAGGAUAUGAAGCAGCCUCCAAAAAGGCUCUAGAGAUCCUUCCAGGCUUGGUGUGUUCUUCUGUCAAAAACUUACGAGAUGUAGAGGUGACGUCUGUUAUUCGAACUGCUGUUAUGAGCAAACAAUAUGGAAAUGAAGAGUUUCUGGCCAAGCUCAUUUCGCAAGCAUGUGGAUCUAUUUAUUCAGACAAGGGAAAUUUCAAUGUGGAUAAUAUCAGAGUUUGCAAAAUUCUGGGUUGUGGUAUCCAUGCCUCAUCAGUGCUCCAUGGAAUGGUUUUCAAACGGGAGACUGAGGGAGAUGUAACCUCAGUCAAGGAUGCUAAAAUAGCAGUAUUCUCUUGCCCUUUCGAUUGUAGGACAACUGAGACAAAGGGUACUGUUUUGAUAAAAAGUGCAGAAGAACUGAUGAGCUUCAGUAAAGGGGAGGAAAAUCAGAUGGAGGUCCAAGUGAAGGCUAUUGCAGAUGCUGGAGCUAAUGUUAUAGUAACAGGAGGAAAAGUAGCAGACAUGGCUUUGCACUAUGCAAACAAGUACCAGCUAAUGGUGGUUAGGUUAAACUCCAAAUGGGAUUUGAGAAGGUUGUCCAGAACUGUUGGAUGUACAGCGCUUCCGCGUUUGACUGCACCGACUCCAGAAGAAAUGGGACACUGUGACAGUGUUUACUUGUCAGAAGUUGGUGACACACAGGUGGUGAUAUUUAAACAUGAAAACGAAAAUGGUGCAAUUGCCACAAUGCUAAUCCGUGGUUCGACAGAUAACAUCAUGGAUGAUAUUGAGAGGGCAGUGGAUGAUGGUGUGAAUAUUUUUAAAGUUCUCACAAGGGAUAAGCGCUGUUUACCUGGUGCAGGAGCAACUGAAAUUGAACUGGCUAAGCAGAUCACUACUUAUGGAGAGUCAUGUCCUGGUCUUGAGCAGUAUGGGAUCAAGAAAUUUGCAGAAGCAUUUGAAUGUGUGCCACGAGCUUUGGCUGAGAACUCUGGCAUGAAGGCCAAUGAAAUUGUUUCAAAAUUGUAUGCAGUGCAUCAGGAAGGAAACAAAAACAUGGGAUUUGAUAUUGAGGGUGAAGGUUCAGGCCUGAAGGAUAUGCUUGAGGCUGGAAUACUGGAGCCAUACCUGGUUAAAUACUGGGCAAUUAAGCUUGCUACAAAUGCUGCUGUGACUGUUCUAAGAGUAGAUCAGGUUAUCAUGGCAAAGCCAGCAGGUGGGCCCAGGUCCCCCAAACAACAAGAGCACUGGGAUGAUAUACAUGAUGGACCUGAUAAAUUUGAUACCCAAUAAGUCAGGUGUUGAGUAUAUCACGACUUAGAAAGAAUAAUUAUGGCAAAACCAGCAGGUGGACCCAAACCUCCAGCGCAGAAGAAAGACUGGGAUGAUGACCAAAAUGAGUGAACAGCUCUGUGUUUGAUGACCUAAAACUAUUGUACUUCAUUUCCAACUCCAAACCUGCAUA